AUGGAGGGCAAUCAGUCAGCCUUGACAUCGGCUCGAUCCCUCUUUCAACUACUGAACUAUCGCAAUGGCCUCGAAGAACUGCUAUUGAUGUACUGGUGGGUGAUUGUACUCGGCAACCUCGUGCUCUUUGCGUUCGCGAAGCACUCGCUCAUGUGCUGGGAGCUGCAUCGGGACAGGCGACGCUUGGAAUGCUGCCACAUGCGUCACUGUCAGCGUCGUCGUGCGGCGCACCAGUCGAAGAGUGUGACAGCAUGCCGUUCACAUAGGACGCACACUGAAGAGGCUGCAAACACCACAAGCAACGCGCCAACAGAGACCUCGUCGUCAAGCAAAGAUCAGACCGAGGCAAGAGUAACGGCAAAGCACGCCGUUGACUAUGUCAGCAAGAACGAGAAGACAACCUGGUUUCCUCUGUUGGUGCCGAUCGUGCCAACGCUGAACAAAUAUGUCUCGCCACCGAGGACCGCGGAGCUCAUGGCAAAGGCCGCGCUAUGCCGAAAUUGCAGCGAGCAAGAGGAAGCGACAGCGACGGUGCAUCAGAACGACACCCGGCCGCCGUCGUUACUGCUCCCACUCCCCUCCGUCACCUCUUCUGACCUCUCCUCGUCGUCACCGCUCUCGACAGCGCAGGCGAGCACUUCGGCAACGACGCGGCUGCUCAACCGGCUUGGCUUCAUGUCGCCUGAUCUUAAGCAAACCAACGCCGAAAGAUUCGAUAUUAGCCGAUACAGCAGCAGCAGUAAUGCGUCCUCGCGGUUGAGCAACUGCUGCCCCCGCUACAGCGCGGACGAACAGCGCUUAAUUGAUCAGAAGCGGCAGGAAAAUGUGCGUGCGUGGAUGGAGGCUAAGCGCGCCUUGGAGCUAACCGAGUCGCUCGCAGCAGGCUCCUGUGGGGUCAUACCGUUGUCGUCGGUCAAUGCGCGCGAGUUUCAGCCACGCAGAAAAAAAGGCGAGAUAGAGACGGAACUCGUCUCUUGA